UAACACUUGAAAUUUAAAAGAAAAAAUAGAGAGGAGCUGAAAUGGGGUUUAGGGUUUACUAGUGUAAUCCAGAACAAAACAUGAACCUGCAAUCUGCUUGUUCUUUGCUUCAUCAUGAAGUUUCAAUCCCCAAAUUUUCUCAAAUUCAUCAUCACAAUGUUUCUGUGUCGUCUCUGGUGAGAAAUAACCAUGACAGAAGCUAUGUUCUAUUGGAUAAAGGAACCCCUUUUGUUCAAAACGGACUGAAAUUUAUUCCAUCACUGAAGAGGGGAUUGAUAGUGAAUGCCUCUAAUUCCAGUCCUUCAGGAAAGUUGAACUAUGAUGGCAGGGAAAGUAAGGUUGUGAGCGUAAUAGUCAGUAAUGGGUCUGAACCGUUUCGGGGUAAAUCAGGUUCUGUUUCAUUCCGCGGGAUUACUCACCAAAUGGUUGAAGAAAGUAAGUUGGUGUCAGCUCCCUUUGAGGAAAAAAGAGGCUCCUUUCUUUGGGUUCUUGCUCCUAUAGCAUUGAUCUCUUCUUUGGUGCUUCCUCGGUUCUUCAUUGCGGUUGCCGUUGAUGACUUAAUCAAGAACGCGACUUUUGCAGAAAUUGUGUCUUCAUUUUUCUCGGAGGUCAUGUUCUAUAUUGGCCUUGCGACAUACCUUCGGGUCACUGACCAUGUUCAGAAGCCAUAUCUACAGUUCAGUGCAAAGAGAUGGAGCCUAAUAACUGGGCUAAAGGGAUACAUAACAUCUGCUUUCUUUAUAACGGGGUUUAAGAUUUUUGCCCCCCUCUUUGCUCUUUGUGUAGUCUGGCCUUCACUUGGGUUGCCAGGCUUGGUUGCAGUGGCACCUUUUCUGGUCGGGUGUUUGGUACAAUAUUUAUUUGAGAGAUUUCUUGACAAACAUGGAUCAUCUUCUUGGCCUUUGGUGCCAAUUAUUUUUGAGGUUUAUAGGAUAUAUCAGUUGACGAGAUCCGUGCAUUUUGUGGAGAAGUUGAUGUUUGCCAUGAGCGGAGCUCCUGUCACCCCCGAGUUGUUCGACAGAAAUGGUGCAUUGAUUGCUUUGAUAGUGACUUUCCAAGUUUUAGGAAUAACUUGCUUAUGGUCCUUGUUUACAUUUCUUCAAAGGCUCUUUCCUUCCAGACCUGUUUCUGAAAACUACUAAUCUUUGUAGAUGAAGAUGUUGAUCUUUUUUUCUUUUUUGUUUUUUUAGAAACGUUGAUUUGCAUUAUAGUUUAAAUUAUCUGGUGCAGUAUCUAGUCCUAAUAUCGCUACUUUUCUGAGCUAACAGAGAAAUGCAUUCGCUUCAGUUAAUCAAUCAAGGUUCUCUUCCA